AUGCAAAGCGGUCAUUCUGCUGGCGCUGUUAUACGCAUCGGAGAUUUGUGCGGUGUCCAAGAAGUAGGCGCGGACUCUCAAUCACUUCCAUCUCAGCUGUCUUGGACGGAUACGUAAAUUGAAGUAGCAAGAACGGGAUUCCGGACACGGAUUUACUGGAAAGGGCGGGAAUCUUCAGCUUAUACUCUUUAUUGAGAUACUUGCGACUGCGCUGGAGCGGCCACCGCAAGCGGAUGGGUGACGAGAGUCUGCCUUAACCAUUCUUUCAUGGAGGUGUCGCCACGAGUUCUCGUCGACUAGGAGGGCAGAUCCGGCACCACAAGCGCACUCUGAAAACUUCCAUGAAGCGUGUGCAGAUCGGCUCGGCCAACUGGGAUGAACUCACCCAAAACUGACUAACGUGAAUUAAAGCGCAGCUAUCUACGAAGCCAACCACGCCGCCAACAUCAAAGGCCAUGGCGAAGUCCGCAGAUCACAGCUGCCCCCACCCUACAACGCCAACUAUCGACCGCCCUCAACCUGCCCACUGUGUCAGCGGAUGUUUCGAGCACCAGUCGGUCUUAUUGAACAUCCUCGGACUGCAGCACCCGGACGACACCGCCCGAUGUCCUCGAGUCCACUUCUGCCUCAACCCCUACGCCAACAAUCAACACCGAUGGCAUUGCCGAACCGCCACUCUCAUCCGCCGCCGCCGCCGCCGCCGCCACCGCCACCGCCGCCACCACCACCACCACCACCACCACCACCACCACCAGCUCGACGUUUACUGCGGCGACUGCUGCGCUCACCGCCACUGCACACAAUCCUGACACCAACAAAAAUCAACCUCACCACCACCAGAACCGAAAUUUCAAUGAGCAUUGUAGUCGAAGACAGUCGAUUACUGUGCAAUAA